UGAAUAGAUGAUAAUAGAUCUAUUAUAUUAUCUACAUCUAUAAUAUUAAAGUGAUAUAAUAUUAGUAUUAGUAAUAUUACUUUAUUAGAAUCUUAAUAUUAUUAUAUUAUAAUUAUUCAAUGUACAUAGUGAUACUGAUAGUGAUACAGUUCAUACAGUGAUAGUGACUAGUGUAACAUUAUACAAUGUUGUGCCCAAGAUACAGAUCUACGCCUUUAUUUACAUUAUCAAAACAUAUUCUCAACAUUCAUGGAACAACUGCAAGCACAAAAGUCUGUAACAACACAUCUGGAGUGGUUCAAAACAUCAUCAGAUGUCAUUCAUUUAUGAAAAUGUUUUACAAACUUAGACUAGCACAUGCACCUGAUCCUGUUGAAUCUCCACGACUAACUCCACAAAUGGUAACAUCUAUAAUAAGGAUGAAUGAAACAUCAGUGAAGCAGCCUGGUGGAGUGGUCAAAGAAGUUCAUUGUAAUCAAUUACCAGCAAACAAGCCAACUGAAGAUCGCCACUUAGAAGCCAAGCUAAAAUCAUCUGACAAGUAUUUAUUUGGUGUGUUUGAUGGACAUGCUGGCUGCGCAUGUGCACAGACCCUCAAGGACAGAUUAUUUAAAUAUAUUGCAGUUGCACUGUCUGACCCAGACAAGCUUAAUCAGCUCUACCAAGGAGGACAAAUGGCUGCUGAUGAUCUUGUUGAUUAUCUCAGCACAGCGCUUGUAGACAAUGUCAGCCCUGAUCUUGGGCAUAUACAUCGUCAGAGUCUCUUUCAGUUUGUCCAAGACUCUCAGGACAUGUACUGUGUAGAUACCAAUAUAGAAGAGGCUUUAAAGAAUGCUUUCUUACGUAUGGACCUGGACAUAUCAAAUGAAGUUAACUUUCCAACAACUGAUGAGGCUCUUAGAGCAGACCUAAUCAAUAUUGCCUUCUCUGGUGCAGUGAGCUGUGUGGCUUAUAUUGAUGGACUAGAUCUCUAUGUUGCUAAUGUUGGUGAUUGUCGAGCCGUGAUAGGUAGCCACUCAAGUGAAUCUGAAGCCUGGCAUGCAACUCAGAUCACAGAGCAACAUGAUGCUCAAAAUGCGGAAGAAGUGAAACGGCUCUGUUCAAAGCAUCCCAAUGAGAGAAACAACAUACUAAAAGAUGGAAGACUUUUUGGAGAGCUCAUGCCACUUCGUGCAUUUGGUGACAUAAGAUAUAAAUGGUCUAAAAAUGAUCUCCGAUCUCUGUCACAAAUUGUGGGAAAGAACAUUCAUCCUUUCCUUGGUGAUUACAGAAAUCUGAACAUACCAAAACAUUUUCGAACACCUCCAUAUUUAGAUGCUGAACCUGAAAUAAAACACUAUAGGUUGACACCCCGAGAUAGGUUUCUGGUGAUUUCAACUGAUGGUCUGUGGGACUCCGAAGGCAUGUCUGUGGAUAAAGUUGUUUCUCUGGUUGGUCACCAUUUAGAUGGCCGCCAAGUCCUGGCCCAUUUUCAUCCUCCAGAAAAUGCAAAACUUGGUGAAAUCAACACAAUGCUCCGAAAGCGCAAAAGUGGUUUAGCUAAACGGGCUGUGGAUGAAAACGUGACAACACAUCUGAUUAGACAUGCUUUAGGUCUAGAGCAUGGACAGAUUUCCGCUCAGCUGACCCUUCCUGAAAAGUUAGUGCGCUACUAUAGGGAUGAUAUAACAAUCACUGUGAUCUACUUUGACACUGAUUAUAUCAUGGACUACACAAGAAAACAUUGAUUCUCUGUAAACAUCAGCAAUUGUAGUGUUCCUAAUGGUAACAUUAACUGGUUGUUUUUUUUUUAAGUAUUGAAAGAUUAAUCAUGACAUUCGACAUUGUAAUUAAAAACAGACCUGAUCCUGUAAGUUAUUUUUUAUUGUGAGGCACUUUUGUAAAUAGAAUUGAACAUUUUUUACAAUUAUUUUAUUCAUGAUAUUGCUUUCAUUUUGUAAAAUUUUAAUAUUUGUUGACUAAAUACUGUACAUAUGAAGCAUGCAUUUAAAAAUCAAGCCAAUGAUGCAACCAAUAAAUUGAUGAUUUAAUAUUGAAGAAAAUUUUUGAAAAUUAUUAUUGUUUGAAGGGUUAGAGGUAUCUAACAAGGGAGGGCAAUGAGGAUUUGAAAAUGCUAGUUUUUCAAGUUAGAAAUAUUAAUGUACUGUACUUGACAUAAAGUAUCCUUGUUUAAAUUGUUAUACAUACCAGUACAUUGUUAUCUUAAGCUGUAACUAAUUAGUAUUAUACUGCUGUGAUAAAAAUAUUAUAAUUGCUGCAACUUGACAUAUUUUGUCGAGAUAUUAUCACAAAAUGUAAAUUUAUCAUAUCGUGAUAGUCAGGAGGAUUACUUUGAUUUUGUUAAUCAAAACAUGAGUGAAAAUAUGCAACAUCUGUGUUAUCAUUAAAAAUAUUCAUUUUGUAUAUGCAUGUUUCAUGUGCAAGUGAUCCAUUAGAGAAACUAUGAAUUUUUCUUGUUGCAUGGAUUGAUUCCAUUGCUGUGUAACCUGACAGAGCCUAGUAAUGCUUUAGAUUUCACUAGUUUGAUUGAUUUUAUCAGCACAUGUUCAGCAGCUAAGUAAACAUGAUUUCUUUUAAA